AUGUCUCCCACAAGAGAGAUCACUGAGGCAUUGGCGAAGGCUAAUGUCUUGGAGCUGAGCAACACAAAUCUUGCAGAAAGGAUUAAGCAGGUUGAAGCUACCAACAAAGUAGCAUCUGAACAUACAGUGCAGUGGGCUCUGUCGGAACAAGCACGGGCCGAUACUUUGCAACAACAGAAUGAGCUGGCCCGGAUAGAGGUUCAGAACAAGCUCAUAGCGGCAGAAUUAGCUACUCAAGAAGCCAGGUCACAAUCAGCAUGUUGGGAGAACAUUGCUAAGACUGCUGGAUCAGAGACUAUGAAAUUGCGAUCCGAAGUCAUGCAGCUCCAGCAUGAGAUUGACAGACAGCGAAACCGUUUGGAGAUCCUCAAUCGCGAUAACACAACACUCAAUCGCGAUAACACAACACUCAAGCGCGACAACACAACACUCAAGCGCGACAACACAACACUCAAGGCUACCUUCUCGGAACAAUCUCGGUGUUUCUUGCAAAUCCGCACCCUUGUGGACGGUUGCAAGUCACAACCUUCUUUGCCUGCAUCUGAAGAUUCUGACUUGAUCAUCGUCGGAGAGCGGUGCAUUGAUGCAUCUUCCGAUGAUGCAUCUUCCGAUGAUGCAUCUUCCGAUGAUGCGAUCGAACCUCAUCGAACAGCAGCAACUCCUGGCAAACGAGAUCGUACCCGUGGACCGGGAGAACUUGUUCCUCUGAUGCUGCUCCGAAACAUUGAUUACUCUCUCUUACCAACCCCACCAUCACUCUUCUUUCUCUUUCCACACACUACGCUCGCACAAUUCUAUUGCAACCCCUUUAUUCUUCAUUAUCUGCUUGUCUCUGCAUUACACAUCAUCGCCGUUCAUCAGUCGUCGCGUCUGGAUCACUACAGCGCAAUGGCGACAGGCAACGUCGAGGAGGGCGGCCUAGGCCAGCUCUUCGUUCAGGGUUACACGGCUGAAGCAGCUCCUCGCAACUUCAUGCCUGAUCUGGACUGCGGCGAUGCUUAUGAUGAGGAGAUUAUGACCGCUUCAGACGUGUCUGACGACCUCGAUCAGAACGACGACGAUUCGUCCACCGACAGCCAUUCCGACAAAGGAAAGGCGCCCAUCACGGAAGUCGACGACAACAUGUCCGAGACCCAGACUGCAACUGUGAAGAAUCGUCGACAGCGCCGCCUGCAAGAGAAGAAAUUCUACAAACAGCAAUGCAAGGUGGCCACGAGCCGUGUCGCCGUCGACAUUGAGGACGCCGACCUGCACUUUCACAACGACGAUGUCAAGUUGCCCGACGGACUGCAGCUUGACAUGUUCCGUCUGCGUUCCUCGACGUAUCUGCCUGAAUACAUCACUAUCAUUCAGUCGGCAGCUGAAGCCUACAGUGAAGACUUUAUCCUGGCAGUGACCCGUCUCCCACUCGCUACAGGUGGUCAAGCGUCGGUACCUAUGCCUGAGACUGCAGCUGAUGAUCAGAGCGGCGACUGGGCAUACACCGAGACAGACCUUACAGAGUGCAUGACGCAGCCGCUGGACAAGAACAAUACCAUCUGGUCUUACAUCGGCGUCGACGUCUAUGCCGAUGAAGAGGGAAUGACAGAGGAAGACAAGCAGCGCUGUCUGCAUAUUACGCGAGCUACGAAUGUCCUCGGACGCGAAGUUUUCGCCGGCAUCUCCUACCCCUACAGCUGUAUCAUCCUGCACGACGACAAGCGCGCCACCUUCUACCAGGAUAAUACGAUCGACCGCCUCGCGACAACCCCGGACGCGCCAAUCAGCACAGUUUUCCGCAUUCACGCGUACCCACACAGCGUGCCUUAUAUCACGGUGGAAUAUCUGGUUCGCUUUCGUCAGAGGCAGAUUCCCUUCAUUUCGUCCAUCCCCUUCACGGCAAUGAAAGAGUCGCCUCAGGUCCACCGUAUCGAGAGCAGUCAGCUUCGCAGUUACAUGCAGAGUCGUGGCCUUCCCUGCCGACAGACGCGUUCGGCAUCGAGAGUCGCCUUCGUUGCCUGUACCGACGAGAUUCAUGUUCAUCAUGAUCGCUUCGCCCAGGCUGACCUGUCUAGAGCCGGAUUCCCUGAUCUCAACGGUAUUAUCCAGCACAUUACCGAACAGUAUCGACAGGAAGACUUGUCUUUUGAGGUCUUCAUUCCUAGCCAAUGGAAGGACUUCGGAUUCUGGGCUUAUAUUAUGUCGACGCUGUACACAACCGCUGAGGAUGAUCCACUCGAGGAAAUCCGUGCUGCUGGAACCGGUCAUGCGCUUCAAAUCUAUACCGGAAGCGCGACCUUCGAGAAGGGUACCGACGAGGGACGCGACGAUGAAGCCCGACCGACAAUGGUACCAGAGGACGAUCCGUACGGAGACACGGAUGAAGAAGACGCUGGGGACCCAAACCUGACGGAACGUGUCCCAGACGGUGUGCCUAUCGACUUGCAGGCAGCACUCCGCAAUAUGCGCGUCGAGGCAGGCGAAGAACUGGACGAGCAACAAGCCGCACCAAGUCGUCAGACGAACUCAAAGGUCCUAUUCAUCGUACAACGGAACGAGCACGGAGAGCGCAUCGCCGAGGCAGCAAAUGUCAAGACGAGCAAACCCGUACAGGACACGCACAAUUAUCAAGGCCAACAAUCUCAUUCUGGAGCAGAAAGAGCUGGUACGCAGCCUUAG